AUGUUAGGAGUUCUUUUUGUCGUGGGCGGACGUGGAGCGACGGGCGACCCCUUCAAAUCCAACGAGUGCUACGAUCUGCGAAACAAUCGUUGGAUCCCCGUCACGGAGAUGAGCAUGAAACGAAGGCACGUCGGGGUCACGGCAACUGACGCUGGUCACAUAUUUGCUGUAGGAGGAUUUGAUGGAAGGGACCAUCUCAACACCGCAGAGAAGUUUGAUCCUCAUACAAACAAAUGGUCAAAUCUAGCACCCAUGGCUAAAGCAAGGAGAGGCCUUGGUGUAACACAGAUGGGCACUCCCAUCUACGCCAUUGGAGGAUUGGACGAUAACCUGUGCUAUAGUGAUGUGGAGCGAUACGACCCCCAGACAAACUCCUGGAGUCUUGCUCAAUCUAUGAACUGUGCUCGAGGUGGUGUGGCGGUGGCCGUUCUCAAUGGUCUUAUCUAUGCUGUUGGAGGCAAUGAUGGAUCAUCCACGUUGAAUUCUUGUGAGUGUUAUGACCCUCAUCUUAACAAGUGGACGAUGAUAACACCUAUGAAUACCAGGAGAGCAGGGGGAGGAGCGGCAGUCAUCGAUGGUUUCCUCUAUGCUAUUGGUGGUUUUGACCACAGCUCACCACUCAACACAGUGGAACGCUACGACCCCCGGAAGAACGAUUGGAUCAGCAUGACCCCCAUGUCCACCAGUAGGGGCGGGGUAGGUGUGUCGGUACUAGGGGGCAAGAUAUUUGCCAUCGGGGGACACAAUGGGUCUAAUUAUCUCACAUCGGUGGAAUGCUACGAUCCUAUAACGAACAGUUGGUCAGCUGUCCAGGACAUUGGGACGUGCAGGGCGGGAGCAGGUGUUGCCAUCUGCCAUUGCCUUAUUUCAUCCCUUAAGGAGAUUCCUCGACCGAACAUGGUGAGCUGUGUAUGACGGAGGCAGGAACACUGAGUUGCAGUUUCCACAAGUGAUGAGGGUUAAAACCCUAAAAAACAUUAUGAAAGAUGCCUAGGAUGAUGGCAGAGUUGCAAUCUUGUCAACGAAUCCAGAACCAUGUCCAGUUUCUGUAACUUCCACUUGCACCUUGAGUUUUAGGAUGUAUUGACUGAGGAGAAGUUCUCUGAUGUAUGACAUCUGAUGCAUCUAGAUGUACUACUUGAAUAAUGAAGCUAUAGAGUUAUAUCUGCAUGAAAAGGAGCUGGGUGUUUUGUGGUCUAUAUGUAGCAUUUUCUAUCUAGAAGUAUUCUAUUGUGAGGCACACAAUUAUUGGCAUUAGCCAAGUUCAAGCUGUCACUUCCUGUGCAGUCAAGCAAGGACUACUGCCCGGUACACACAUCCUCACCUGGGUUGACGGCAGCGCAAUGUGAAUUGACUUCCUGCAAAGGUACUUGAUGCUGUAACAGUGUUGAACCCAUAACCCUCUGAUUUGAAGGUCAAGAGUCCGAACCAUCAGACCAUAUCACUUCCAGGUGACUCGGGAGGGUUACACGAUGAUGUCUUCGACCUGGCUUGUUCUCUGGCGCAGGAUGUGGUGAUUCCUAGUUUGUCUUGAAGACAUACCACUGAGGAACAACUGGAACAUGAACUUCUAUUGCCUACUGCAAACAGUAGAUCCCUGUACAAAGCCUUUGAAGCCUAGGAGAUCAGAUAAUUAAGUAGUCAACAGGUUUAGGUCUUCAAUGCCAUUCCAGACACUGCAAUAUAAUGAAUCCAGUGUAGUCGUGGAUUGCACCCUGAAAAUCUAGUAGAUAUCCAGAAUCCAUAAGGGGUGUGUGUGCGCACUGUGACAGAUAGAUCAUAGAUCCAAAGGCCUCCACUGGAAACCUGUGGCUUGGUACCAGGAUGACUCUUUUUAAGUUAAUUUCAAAGAUGGUGGAUGGAUGCAUGUAUAACAGUUAUGUAGUUUCUCUGCAACAAAAAACAUCUGUUCAUGUAGAUAUAUCCAAUGAAUUAUUGAUUUUUGAAAAAUGUUAUUAUGGACUUGACCAGAUACUAUGAUAUUCAAGAUAUUAGAGUGUGAGGGGGAAAUAUUUCUUAAUUAUGAAAUCAUUGCAGCUAACUCCUGUCUGCAUUCUGUGUUCAUUCCUAAGUGUCUUCAUACAUGUAUCUUUUCAUACUUUUCUAUUUAACUGUCAUGCGUUCUUCAUUCUUGAAUAUCUUGGAACUUACAGUGUAUGGUAUCUUUGAUGACACUCAAGCUAAUGGUGAAAAUAAUAAUAUAUACAUUAAAAUUAUAUGCCCAAAGCGCUUUACCAUACAAAAUGAAAAAAGUAGUUCUGCUUAAAAGUUUUAAAGAGGAUAUUAGACAGUAAAAUUUGGUUUCUAUUUGUAUUUUAGUUAUUGUACCAAACAACAUGAACGGAUGCUGCUGCUGCGAAGACUAUUCCAAACACCGACUGGUGAAACUUAUGCAUUGUUGACCUUUCAAGUUCAGUUUUGGGAAUCUGUAUAUGAAGAGUCUGUUCUAGGAUGCAAUGAAUAAUGAAAUUGAUGGAUUUGAAAAAAAAGAAAGUUAUUGUGGUGUCAGGCUAUUUAUAAUCCAACUAUUUAAAUAGGAGGCUUAAAACAUAUCUACAUUUGUUGUCAGGUUCAUGCAUCAUUAUCUUAAAAGUAUUCUUGAAUGCAGUAGUCAAUGAGUGGACAUCUUUAAUGGCUGAAUAUACCUGUAUAUCGCUUUGUGAUGUAUUCACUACCAUCACUAUUUACCAUGGUGCUCUAUUUUGGUUCCAUGACAUAUGCUCCAGCGACAAUUGCUCUGCUGUAAAUUCCACACACUAAAUGGACUUACCAACUUCCACAUUUUAUCCUAACCCUAAACCUAACAUAAAACCAUACUGCAACCCUAUCUCUAUGUCUUAAAGAUGAAAUAAAGCCCGGAGCAAUUGUCGCCAGAGCAAAUGUCGUGUCACCUCUGUGUUAAGGUUCGUAUCAGUCGUAGAAUGCUUUGCAUGGAAUUUACAUCUAAUUGCAGUUCAACAUUGUUCCUUAACUUCUUUGUAAAUCUUGAAAUUGAUUGCUUCUCUCCUCAAAACAGAGCGUGAUUUUGCUUUUCUAAAGGUGAAACUAAUCCAUUAAUUGCAAAUUUGAAUUCAUUUUGUCUGGUUAAAACUUCUCCUUUAAAAAUGUAUGUACUUAAAGGAAAAUGAUACUCGAAAUCUAAUACAACAUAAAAUAAUUGUUAAAUACUGGACAAUCAAAAUGAGUGCACUUAUACCCCAAUCCGAUUUCCUGGUAUGGAGCUUUACCUACCUGUAUUCAAAGUCUCUGGAUGGAGGUUGCCAUUUUCGCGGGGUUAGUUCAAAAUUGUCAGCUACGAACUACAUCUCUAUGUAGAUAUCUACGUU